CUGCCGCUCAAGACUGGGAUUGUUAACCACCAUCGAAGUACAUCGUUUCUCAUAGCAGCAAAAAAGUUGUGUAGACUAACCUCAGUGCAGCCUGAAAUGUCCAGAUAGACAAGCCUGUGGCAGCCCUUCCCCGUGGCAAGACUGCCUUGUAUGGAACAACUGGUUUAAAUCCGUCCAAGAUCAAGAUCACUUAAGGCUAUCUUUGGCUCACAAAUUUAAUUGAAAUCAUCUGCGAUUACUGGGACCAUCUUGAUGUCAGGAUGCACGUGGUUAGGAUAAUUGCUUUGCUACUUCUUUGUAGAGCUGCUGAGUUCACAAAAAGAAGAAAUGGCAGCCACGGAAACAGAAUGAGGAACUGUGGUGAGAAAUGCCGCAGAGGGAGGUCCAGUCCUGUCAAAAGGUUUUCUCAAUUCCUUGAUAGCAUAUGCAGUGAAAGUUUGUAUGAGAAUGAGAAACUUCUGACUUGUCAAGAUAAGCAACUGAAUAUAAUUCCUCGUAAUUUGCCAGAGGAUGUUAUUCAUUUACAGUUGGCAGGAAACAAAAUUAAAAGUUUAAAGAUGUCUACAUUUUCAACAUUAACAAAAUUGAAGAGUCUUGACUUGCAACGGAAUUCUAUAACAAACAUUGAACCUGAUGCUUUUGAGGGGUUGGAUAAUCUAGAAACUCUAUUGCUACAACACAAUCAAUUAAAAUUUAUCUCCGAGGAAAUCUUUAUUCCAAUACCUAAACUACAGUAUUUGCGUAUCUAUGGCAACCCCUGGAAUUGCAGUUGUGAUCUAGAACAAGUGGUUAGAAAGCUCCAGAUACCUGGCCAACGAAAUUUAGGCAAUCUGGCAAAAUGUAAAGCUCCACCAGGAUUAGCUGGUUAUAAGCUGAAGACAAUCAAUGUGAGCUUGCUCUGUUCUGAGGAUCGACAUCCUGCACCAUUCCAGAAUUAUCCAGAUUCCACAAAAUGCAACAUUUACCUUUUUCCAAAGUCAAGAAUAGAUUGUCAAAAUAAAGAGUUGGCCAAAGUUCCCACAGAUAUACCUCCCGACGUUCUGGAAAUUGAUCUUUCCAGAAAUAAAAUCAAACAACUGAGUGCCAGAAAUUUCAUGACAUUUCAGGAAUUAGAAACAUUAAAUCUCAGCAACAAUGCAUUAACAUACAUACAUUCUGCUGCAUUUGUUGGUCUUCUCCGUCUGAAGGAGCUGGAUCUAUCUCAAAAUUAUCUAUACAACUUUCAAUAUGGCGUCUUGGAGCAUCUCUAUUUUAUAAAGAACAUAGUUCUUACUGGAAAUCCAUGGAAGUGUGAUUACCAAAUCCACUACUUGGCCUACUGGCUGCAAGUUCACUACACUGUAGAGUUUGAAGGCCUUGAAUGUAAAGAGCCGAGUGAAUAUGAGGGCUGGACUGUACAGAAGUAUGUCAAAAAAUAUUAUGAAGGUUGCCCCAAGGAAAAAUCAGUGUCACAUUUUGAUCCUUAUGGUUCUGAUGAGUUAGAAGAGGAAGGAACUAGAAGAAUACCUUGACUUGUUACAGUUUUACAUAUUUCACAUUUUUCCUUUAAAUAUGACAUAGAGUAAGUAUAUAGCCAAAUUUCAUACAGGCAUUACAUAUGUCAAAAUCACUUUGUCCUAACCAGUAUGGUUUAUAUUAUAACAUUAUAGAAAAUGAUCAAAUUACACACAUUCCAACUCGUUCAGGAAUCUCUGCAAGCUUUUUGUAAGACAGCUGUAUUACAUUAGUACUGAGACAAAUGAUAACUAUAUCUUAUCAUAAGCUGCAUUUUUAUGAAACCUUGUAAUGUAUCUUAUUAGUAAUAAUUUAGAAAGCAGAACAUCUAUUGCAGUUAUAAAUAAAGAAUAUGCCAGCAAAGCGCAUUAGGACCUUUAAUUGCUCUUUAGUUUGUGAUGUCAUUUGAUUGUACCAAGCAUUGAGAAGUUUUACUUUGUUUUUUUGUAUAUCCACAUAAAGAAACUGUAGAAAACUUCAUUAAAUUGUUCUACAGUUAUUGAUCAAA